CGGUCGGAGCGGCCGCUGCGUCCUGCAGAGGCGAAGGCUGGACAACUGGAUGUUUCCCCCUCUCUGUUUGAGGUGAAAGAUGGCUGAUUUCUGCACCAGGCUGUGGGUGCUCCAGGCCAACCUCUGGCUGAUGGCCCUGGUCACAGGUGGGAUCUCAGCAGACAAGAGCAGCACCACCAGCAGCACAGAUAGCAGGUGCCCCAUCGUGCAGCAGCAGCCACGCUACGUGGCGGCCAAGAGGAACACCCCCGUCUACUUCAUCUGCUACUCCAAGGAGCCCCACAACAUGCAGUGGUACAAAAUGGAGCCCAACAGCGAUAAACUGCACAAGCUGGAGAACACCUCCCGCUACAACAUCGAGAGGAGAGACAAGUUCCUCAACUUCACCAUCUUCAGGAUCACCAACGAGGACAACGGCAUCUACGUGUGCGACAGUAAGAACCUCAUGGAGGAGAAGAGGCAACCGCACCUGUGUGGGACAGAGCUCAGAGUCUUGAGUUACAACAUCCAGCAGUUCCAGAGCAGGAACACCCUGAAAGACGCCAUCAUCGUCAUCCAGUCCAUCCUGCUGGUUGUCUUCAUCAGUGUUCCCAUGCUCCUCUUCCUAGACAAAGGUGAAGAGAAGGAAAGCCCGGAGGAGGACCACACCUAUGAGGGCCUGGAGGUGGAGCAGAUGGCCACCUACGAGGACAUCACUCCUUUCCGGGACAUGAAGGCCAAGUGGACCGUUGGGGAACACCCAGGUGAAGAGUGAGGUGUCCUGCACCCACCACCAGGCCGGCACCGGUGGCACGGCUCCCUGCCAGAGCUCUGAUGGCACCCGUGGGGAUCAGCCCCCAGCUCCUGGCCUGGACCACAGCUCUGAUGGGUGCCUGCAAACCAUCUCCAGCAGCCUUGCGUGGAGCUCGGGUCCUGCUGCCCUUGGGUGCUUGCUUUGUCGUGUCCAGGUUGUGCCCACCAAGGCUGCCCUGUCGCUCUCACCACCCUGCUGAUGAACCCCUAAAGCCUACGUAGAAAUUAGAAGCUACCUGCUGUCCCCCCAGUAACAAACUGGCCCCAAACCCCAGGCAGUCCCACACCACAGCGCUGAGCUCCUGCGUGGUAGAUGCCAUGGAAGUACCAGUGUGGGUGGUAGGUCUCCUCCAGCCCCACCAUCCCUGGGAAGGAGAGGACCAGGCAUGAUCACUCCCCAUGCUGCAAGGACCCUCCUUGGGCUGCAAGACCCCGCUGCAGUCCAGGCAGAAGAGCCAAGAUGAGCAACACCAUGUGGGUGUUGCAUAAAGUGGAUUUUGGGCCAGUCUUUAGCUCUCAAGCCGUGGACGUGUCCAGCAGGCCAAGCUGGCAGUUGUCUGAGAUGGAGGAUCCUCCAAAAGCACCUCUUUCUCCCCAAAGACUCCAGGAAAAGCUGGGGAGACAGCUCUCACUCGGAAGGUCUUGCACAAGUCUUGCUCCACUCUAAGCUAGAGCCGGCCCGUGUCAUGAGGACAUCCCCUUGCUGAAGGACAUGUCCCAUCUCAGAACAUAUGGGAAGGAUGUAAAUCGUGGGACGCAAAUGUCCAUCUGCUUUUUCAAGCCCUAAUAAAGGUAAUGGGUAAAUUCA